UUAAAAGCCGGAGUCGUUCUUACUCAACAGGCGUCGUUUCACUACACAGUCCGGUCGAAAGGAAAAUUUCAAUUUUCACGGUUAAAGAUUUCUCAAAAUGGCGAUCAAGUUUGGUAUCAAUGGAUUUGGACGAAUUGGACGGCUGGUUUGCCGAGCUAGUUUGGAAAGGAGCGAGGUUCAAAUCGUUGCUGUCAAUGAUCCUUUCCUAGAUGCUGAAUACAUGGCAUAUCUCUUCAAGCAUGACUCCACCCAUGGCCGCUUUAAGGGAGAAUGCAAGGUAGUUGACGGUAACUUAGUCAUUAACGGCAAGACUAUCUCAGUGUAUGCCGAGAGAGACCCUGCUUCCAUCCCAUGGGGAAAACAUGGUGCUGACUUUGUGGUGGAAUCAACCGGCGUCUUCACAACYGUGGAAAAGGCAGGGCUUCAUCUCAAGGGGGGUGCAAAGAAGGUCAUUAUUUCAGCACCGUCUGCCGAUGCACCUAUGUUUGUUAUGGGUGUCAAUGAGGAUAAAUAUGAGAAAUCUAUGGAUGUAGUCAGCAAUGCAUCCUGCACCACCAACUGUCUUGCACCUAUUGCUAAAGUUGUYCAUGAUAACUUUGGUAUUGUUGAAGGCUUGAUGACAACCAUUCAUGCUUUCACAGCAACCCAGAAGACUGUAGAUGGACCUAGUGGGAAGAAAUGGCGUGAUGGUAGAGGYGCCAAUCAGAAUAUCAUCCCAGCCUCUACAGGUGCUGCCAAAGCUGUUGGAAAAGUUAUYCCUGAUCUGAAUGGCAAACUUACUGGCAUGGCAUUCCGUGUCCCAGUACCUGAUGUUUCAGUGGUUGAUUUGACYGUCAGACUUGCCAAACCUGCCUCUUAUGACACCAUCAAAGAGACCAUCAAGAAAGCAUCAGAGACACCACAACUCAAGCGUUUCCUUGGCUACACAGAGGAGCAAGUUGUGUCCAGUGACUUUAUUGGAGAUACAAUCUCUAGUACAUUUGAUGCCAAAGCAGGCUUGGCUCUUAAUGACAACUUUGUUAAGCUUGUAGCCUGGUAUGAUAACGAAUAUGGAUACAGCCAUCGUGUUGUAGAUCUACUCCUACACAUGGCACAGUAAAAUACCAUCAAACGGUGAAGUUACCAGGAAACCUGGAAUUGUGUUAUUAAUCCACYUUUUCUGGCCGCGUAGACUGGACCAAAUUGUGACCUAACAAUAUUUGUAGUAGACUUUAGGGGUARAAAGUCUUUAAAAUAAUUUGAACUUCUAAAAAAAUAAAUGAUUUUAGCCCA